AUGGCUGCAAAAACGUUUUUCACUGGCGUUCUAUUAAAGUCUUUCAAUUUCACACCCAAUAAGGUGCUAUUAAAUAACAGCUAUAGAGCCCCACUUGUCAAUACUGCAGUCUUAAAUCUACGAAGUCAUGCAUCUGCAGUCACUGCAACUGAAAAACUCAAAGGUUUGAACAUCCCAGACAAGCCAAAAAGACCUUUAUCACCAUACUUGAGGUUCGUAGAAAAUUACAAACAUUCAGUGUUAAAAGAAAAUCCUGAUAUCAAAAUCACAGAAGUUGUAAAAAAAUGUGCAGAAAAAUGGAAUAGCAUGAGUGAGGAAGAGAAGCAGAAAUAUAAAGAGAAUUAUAAAAUUGAAUCUGAAAAAUACAGCCAGACAAUUUCAGACUAUAAUAAAAGCCUCACUAAUGAACAGAUACAAGCUCUGAAGGAGAUUGCGCUAGAAAAGAAAACGAAGAAGCAGAAAAGAAAAAUGAAAAAAUUGUGCAAAGAUACAAAUAAGCCAAAAAGACCUCUUUUACCCUUAACAAUGUACAUGAUGGAGGUAUGCCAAAUGAGUAACAUACCUCUGAAAGAACUGAUGAAAGACCCCGACAUCAGGAAAAAAUGGGAGUCAUUACCAGAGUCUGAUAGAAAAAGAUAUGAGGAAGUGUACCAGAGGAAAAAAGCUAAAUACGAUCAGGAUCUAUUGGAGUGGGAGAAAAUAAUGAUUGAGGACGGUCAUCAGAAUGCUGUUAGACAAAGGACUUUGAAAGAGACUAAUAGCUAUCUGCCUCCAGAUAUCAGGCAUUUAACAAAACCAAAACGCCCAACAUCGCGUUUCAUGGCCUACCAAGCAGAACAGCAAAAAUUAAGGAAAGAUGUGCCAUCCAAAGAGUUGAAGAAAGCACUAAGGACAGAGUGGGAGGAAAUGUCUGAAUUAGAGAAGUUGAAGUACAACACUGCUUAUGAAAAAGCAAAGCAGAAAUAUGAAGAGGAUCUGAGGGAAUGGGAGCAAAAAGUUAUGGAAGCUGGUCAUCCUGAAUUUGUUAGACCCAAGACACAUCUCCCCAAGCGUGAAUCUAGGAUCAAAACUCUGAAAAAGGUAAAGUCACAAUAGGAAUUCGGGUGUCUUCACUCUGAUUCAUCCGCCAUUGCGGGUGAAGGCACGUUGUUUCACAUUGAAACUAGUGAGCCAUUCAACAUUGUUGAAAAAAGAGAAGAUAUAUCUUCCAGCAGUCAAAGGAGCUACAAGAGCAAAUCUUCUUUUUAUGUCUCACAAGCUGCCCCAGAAAAAACAAAAAUGGCGGAAAUUUUAGGUAGUACCAAAAACAAUAAGGAGUCUUCUUCCAAAAGCCAUGAAGUUACCAAGCAAGAGAAACUCACAAAACAUGAGGCACCAUUAUUCACCUUGAAAGAUUUAAAGGCCAAAAUGGGUAAUUCAAAAGAUAUUUAUGGUGAUAGUGGCGAAAGUAAGGCUGUGAAGCCUGAAAAAAACGAACCUAAUGUGCAAAGUAUACCAGAAGAGGAAAGCUCACCGAAGAUUGAAAAAGUGUCUAAGGUUCCUUCUGAUAUGUCGAAAUUUGUAGCAGGAAGUCCCAAAGUCAAGGAUGAGAAUGUAGCUGGCAUAGAUGAUAAAACAUCUGCUAACAUUGAGGAAGUUGACCCUAAACAUGAUAAGUCUAAGGUGAAAAAAAUUGUCAAAGAUAUUAUGGGGUAUUUUAAGUUUUGAUUUAUAUUUUAAUUGCAGUACAUAUAUUACUUAUUUUGAAUAAAGUUUACAUACAAUUAGUUGGGUUUUACUUUUUCGAUCUAUGUUCGAAGAAUAUUUUAUUUUUAUUUAAUUUUGAGACUCGUUUCUGGCUCUUAACACGUUGACUGCCACCUUUUUUCAGUUGGUUUUACCCAGGAGCCAAUUAGUUGUAUAAUGGUUAAUUUGUUAUUUUG